UGACGUAGAUGUGAGUUUGUGGGCGUGGCCUAUGUGAAGCUCAUCACUUCUUGCCUGUCUUCACUUCAGACGCUGGACUUCCUGUGAAAGGUAAACAAAUGGAAGGCCAAACACCAAACUGUCAUAUUAAUCAAAAUGUAACCCGCAAUUGGGUAUUUAAAGGACCGAAAUGCCUGGACAGAAAAGAAAAUACAACGUUCGUUUUCCACCCGGUCGCAUUAAGAAAAUCAUUCAGAAAGAUACGGAGGUGGGCAGAAUGGCCACUGCUGUUCCGGUUAUCAUAUCUAAAGCACUGGAAAUGUUCUUGAUCUCAUUGCUCACCAAGACCAGUUUAAUCACUCAGUCCAAGAACAGCAGAGUCAUGUCCAUCAACCACAUGAAACAGUGCAUUGAGUCUGAGAAGCUGUUUGACUUCCUGAAGGAGCUCGCGGAACAGGCCUCCGGCUCGUCAACAGCUAAAGAGAGCAAAGCCGGCAAGGGGAAAUGCUUGGGACACAGAAAGAAGUGGCACAACAUGUCCAUCAAAACCAAGUCACCAGAAAAGGAGGAUCUUCCUGAGAGGCACAACACUGAGCCUUCAGACUCCUCUAGUGAGUCUGAGCUUGUCAUCUGCUUGGAGACACAGUCACCUUGAUAACAGACGACAAAAUAGUGAGUUUAGCACUUAAGAUUCAUUCAGCCAUUCUACUGCAUGUGCAAAACAGUUGGAUCCUCUCAACAUUUGCUAUAAUACUAUAGAUAAGAAGGAAAAAUUGGUCUAAAUAAGAGGUAUUCUCCAUGUGGCAUCAUCUGUAUUAUUAUUCAUGUUCAGAUAUUAUUUACUCAUCUAGCUGGCUCUGUAGCUCAUCUCAGUGAAAACUAGCAAUUUAUGAAGACCCAACAAGUUUUUCUUUUAAUAUUUACCCCCCAAAAAUUUUUUCUGCUAGAGGCAGAAUUAAAAUGCAAAGAAAAUUAAAAUAACAAAAAAGCUUUGAAUUUGAUCAAACAAAUGUCAAUAUAUUUGUGAAAAUGUUUAUGCAAAUAUCUUGUUCAUGACUUUAGUAAGUUUUAAAUUCAGGAAAAUUACUUUGUGUUUUUUCUAUGAGGGAGAUUUUUUUUCUAUUCUGAGCACUACUGCUACUUUUUUUUUUUUCCUUUUCCUCUGUUGGAUUCAUAACUGUUGUUGAACCUGUGACUAAUAUGUUAAAGAGCUAAUGAAAUAGCAGUGCUAUCAAAGCACAGUACUGUUCCUUGACCACCUUUCAUUUACUGUUGAUGUAAUCCAGAAAAAAAGGGCUUUGUGAGAAUACACGUGGAUAUUUUUUAUAGCUCCAACACUAUGUAAUGUUUUAAGGUUUUCAGUAAAGAUGUUCUGUGGAUGUUCCAUGACUUUUGAAAGACAUUUUCUGCUCUUACUUUAUAUUUCACAAAUACAACCUGAGGAAAAACACCACUGAGCAUUAGCAAAGUACGAGGAUGAUGAAAAUGUAAUUUAUUUUAAGAAAAAGUGAAUGAAACAGUUUCACCCGUUUCCAAGUUGUGAUGCUGAGGUAAAAUAAAUAAAAUCAGAUUUCUAUAACCCUAGAGCAUUUCCUUAUUUAACACGAGACUUUUUGUUAUGAAAUGAGUUCAUAUUUCUUUCUAUAUUUAUCUUCUGCAUGGUGUCUUGAGGAUAGCUGCUCAUUUGCAUGACAUGAUACAUAAAACAGACAAAAUCUUCUGGGGAAAUUAAUACAUUAUUUAAAUGAAUAUAAAAGCAGUCGUGGGGGGGAAUAAAUGCCCACUUGCACAUUCAACACAAAUUCUAGUAUCUAAUCUGCUGAACAUACAAGACAGGAUUUGUUUCAAGUCUGGGUCCUUUUCUGGGAAUAAAUGUUUCAGCAAGUAUCACGUUUAUAAUACCGUAUAUGUUGAUAAACAUCUAUAAAAAAGCUUUUUGAAUUGGAUUAAAAAUGUUCAUAUCCAAUCAGAACAAACCAGACUACUUUAGUGGUUUGACUUUAUUCUGCUUUUAUCAGUCCUAAAUGACAAGUCAUUGCCACGAAUCCUUAAAUUAAACUCUCAAUUCAAAGAAGGCACUAGUCAAAUCUGCCCCUGUCCAGACAAGGUCAGGAGGUGAGCGUGCCAAAUGUAGAUCUUAUUGCGCUACAAACAAAACCAUUCUUACACACCUACGCAGAUGAUACGUGAAAAGAAUGACUCGGAUCUCCCCCUUUCAUACUCCAUGUCAAGCGUAGUAUCUAUUCAUUUUCUUUUCUGAUUUUUGGGGUUUUUUUUUUUUUGUUUUUU